UCCGUUCCGCGACUGUCUCGGCUCGACAGACGGCGGCGAAGACAUGGCUGGCGUGCGACGAUGCGAUGGACGACGACGACUUCUUCAGCGACGAUGACCUCGCCGCCAUCCCCGCCGACACCCUCCGCAAGCUCGAGGAAGAGGCCGUCCUCAAAAGCACCCAGGCCACUCGAGCUACAUCCGUGAACACCGCUCCGCCACCUCUGCGAAAGCAAGCACACACCGCUACGAGCCUCAAUCGCCCCGGCAGUGUGAACAGGAACUUGCCAUGGCGACCUCCACAGCCCUCGCGGCCCAGUCAGCCGAAAGUCCCCAGCGCCCCGCCAGCCAGCGCUCCACGGCCACCCUCAUCGGAUUAUGGCUACGACGAUGAGGAUGUCAUCGAUCUGGAUGAACCGUCCAUGGUCAUCCAGCCAGCAUCAAGGCCUGCUCCUGUUCAACCUCAAUACCAGCAGCAGCAAAAGUUCAAUCAGGGCAGCAGACAACUCGACCCGGAAACAGCAGCAGCCUUUGCCGCUGCAGACCAAGAGUUGAAUGCCAGCCAGACUUUUGGCAGAUGGCAGCAAGCACAGCCUGUCCAAAAUGCACGCGCAGGUCCUGUCAUGGACUUGUCAACCAUGCAAGCUAGAAUCGCAGAGCUCGAGGCUGAACAAGCUAGGCUGAGGCAAGCCGAACACCAGGCGAGGGAAGAGGCACGAUUGAAAGCGGGCGAGAUCGCAAUAGUUCGAAGCAACCAGGAGAAGGCCGCCAAGCAGUACGAGACCCGCCUGGCUGUAAUGCAACGACUACAUGCGGAAGAGACAGCGAAAGCCAAAGCUGAAAUCGAGGCGCAACGGAAGGAGCGGGAGAAGAUGCAGACGGACAACCGAUUCUUGCAGCAUGAUCUUGCCCGUGAAUCCGAGCGUGCAAAGCGAGGCAAUGUCCCUGUCCGAUCCAAAGCCACCCAGCAAGGCACGCCUCGAAAGGGCAGAAAAGCCGCUCGGGGUGAUGGUUUCGAUGAUGACGAGGUACGACUGGCCAGUCCGAGCCGAAGCUUUGAUCGAAAUCGAUCCCGAGGAGAGCAUACACCCAAGGCUGGUGCGAAGCGUAAGAGACCAACACAUGACAGUCCUGUGGCGCUCUCUUUCACUCAACCACCACAAGCGCUGCGCACCGAAAGCACGGAGCAGACGGCGGCAUCUUUUGGAUUCAAUGGUGCAGGACACGUCGUGAUCAAGGAAGAUACGCGAUACGAGUUCAUGCAGCUCAUCCUGAAUCACUGCCCUCACGAAGGGCACGACGCAACGGUCGAGUCUCUAGCUAAGUAUAGCUUUCCUUCGAACCCCAGCAAGACACUUUCAUCAAUUUUCAUCCACGACAUCUCCUAUGCUUCAACAUCCGAAGAUUGCACUCUGCCACUGAUUGCUUGUCGAGCUCUGCUCAAGUUGUGGGCAAGGUGCCUCGAAGACAAGUUCUUCGCUCCUUUCUACCUUCUUUUGGACCUGCUGCGCUUCAUAUUACGAACAGAGCGAGCGAGCGUGAGAGCUCAACUGCUGGAGGAAGCCAUACCACUCUGCAGUCGAACAAUAGACUUCAUUGCUGUGCCACUUUCACGCGCAGCCAAGAAUCCGACGUUCGCUGCAAGCAUGGACAUGAAAGCGUUUGAUGAGUUAGCCGAAGAGCUCGAUGUGGAGCGUGUGAUGGAAUUCCUUCACUCACUUUGCUUUGCAGCAACCUUGGUCGAUGGCAAGAGCGAGACAUUCUGGAAUACCAUUGACUUCGCAUUCACGCUGCAGAUGCUCGGGAAGGCGCAGCCUAUCAGCCAGAUUGUAUCAGUUCUGCAAAUGCUUUCAACAUCCACAAGAGAGUUGACUUUCGGUGCCAUCUCAUCAGACACAAGCAAGCAGCGGGACUUUGAGCGAGCCACCGUCGAAAGACUCACGAACCUACUCUUCGAGACCCCGGAGGCGCCCUCGGACGAAGCUCCUUACAGUGUCGAGGAGAUCAUGGAAUUGCGAUUGGAGGUUAUCAAAGUGUUCCGUGCCCUGUGCUAUACCGACCAUGGGGGGCUGCUCUUGGUACAACAGCGUAGCGCAGUCGGCAGAUUUGUGCGGUUCUUGGAUGCACAAAUGGCUCGCCUAUACAAAGCACGACCUACCAUUGGUAUGCCGCCAAACCAGGACAAUCUUGCAGAGGCUCACGACUUGAUCAUCGCGUCGAUCAACAUGGUGGUACGUAUUCUUCAUCAUCUGAUCCGUGCCUAUGAAGGUACACUGGAGAUUGUCCCAAAGCUGCAUGCAGUGCAUGGCGGGUAUCACAAAUUUCUGGUCAGUCUCACGAGAGUUGCAUUCAGCGAACAGCUUUGUUUCGAGGCAGGCAUAGAAGAUGAAGUGGCUGAAGCUGCGCACAAUAUUCUGGACAAUGUUCUGGGACCGGAAGAUGGUGAUGCUAUUAUGAGGGCCAUCGAAACCCCUCGCGGGACGAGAGGCUCGUCGACGGAAAAGGCUACUACGAGCGGAGGGAGAGGCGACAGCCAACGAGACGACGAUACGACAAUGAGUGAAGUGGGAUGA